AUGUUCCCUGACUUUGAUAUCCCGUCCAUCAUCCAGGUUAGGUAUUCAAAGCAUCUCAGGUUUCCAUCGAGCAUCCCAGGAACCUUUCACUUUAUGAGGACAAUAUCGCAAAGUGUCAAGGAGGUUUCCACUUGCGCCAGCAACCCUAUGGCCCCAAACGGAUCCAUGGGGGCCGCUCCCACCCCGUCCCGGUAUCCCGCAGCCGGGAUAUCUUCCGUCCAUCUUCGGCAGAUUUACCGCUUCGGUACCACGAACCGGGGGCCUCCGACCGAGGGGAGAUUGGUUCAAACUCACUCCGAUUCAACGCAACGGAGACUCGCCUGUGGGUACACGAGAACGUGGAAGCUGAACAUCGUGAGACAUGUCGACACGCAUGCGCAAGCGGCUUAUCCACCAUUCAUUAAAGACGAGAGAGAAAACAAGGCUCGUUUAAGGAACUGGCCCAAGGUGAAAGUGGGCAUGAACCGACGGGUCACAUCAUAUAAUGGUGAUUUCUUCCAGCCCAAAAACCAACUCAUGCAAGUCACAAUCUUCAACACAGCUCUAGUAUGA